UCUCUCGCUGUUUCUCUCUGCUCUUUCACUACGUUUCUCUUCCUCGUCCUCUCUCUCUCUCACACCCUGCCUCACUCUUUCUUUGCAGAGCUACGAAGGAGUGCCCUUUCUCUUUCUCACGAGCACAAUGCUCCGGGCUCACUCCUCCACGCAGCUCGCUGCAACACUUCCCAGCUGCCCCCUCUCCUGCCCCCUCUCCUGCAGAGCCGAGGAGGGACAGAUCCCGUCGGUUUAGAAGAGUCUCCCGCACAACACAGACUGCCCCGUCACGCAUUCUCUUCGAGGGAGGGCGUUUUCUUAAAAGGGAAACUGACCGGUUGUUUGCAGUGAGAAACACCGUCUGAUCGACGGGGAUCUGGGAGCUAAAUAGAGGGGAGGAGACGUACGUGGGACAAACGCCCAUCAUCCAGCUGCGGUCCAACAACCUUCAACAUUCCAUCCGUAACCAUGGCCCCCCAUAGAUUCCGCAGGCUCUUCCUGUUUGCGCUGGCUCUGCCAAUCACGGUGCAGCUGGGCGUGGCCAGAGCUUGCAGGGCGGGGUCAGGGGCUGAGUGCGAGAAGGCACCGUUCGUCCCGGGACACAACCUUGCAGGGGAAGGUUUUGACGUGGUGAGAAUGCGCCGCACCGGGGCCUACGUUAUUAACGUGAAGGCUCACCUUACUGACAACAACACCUGCACGCUGUGUGAGAACCGCUUCCAGGGAGGGCAGGUCCAGAGGCUUCCGUCGGCCGUCUUGGACUGGCGUCCGUUCAGCCGCUGCAGCAAGCAGCUGUCGAGCGCCCUGCACCACUCGGUGGAUUCCCUCCUGCGGAGCUCAUCCUCGGUGAUCAGUAAUAACUGGGGGGCGGGGCUGAGUCUGGACACGUACGGCAAGGCUCUGCUGGGGGGCAGCCGCUCCGACAUGGCCAAGUUUGCACGCUCGCAGUACAGCGUCGACAAGGCCACCUUCGCCCUGCACGAGAUCAGCUGCACCCACUACAGUUACCGGUUGUCGGACCACCCCCAGCUCAGUGCAGAGUUCUCCAAGCACCUCAAGAAACUCCCUCAAGGUUACGACUCUAAAAGCCAACCCCUCUACCGCCGUCUGAUAGACACAUACGGAACACACUACAUCCACCAGGUGCACCUGGGGGGCAAGGUGAGGCGCCUCACGGCCUUCCGUACCUGCCUGGCCACGCUGAAGGGCUUCUCGGAGCGGGAGAUCAAGACCUGCCUGAACCUGGAGCUGCGUUUGGCGCUAGGUUUCCUCCCCGCCAAUGCCUCCUUCUCCAACAAGUGUGAAGACAUGCUGAAGGGCAACAUGAGCAUGGGCUUCUACCAGGGGUUCAUGACCCAUAAGGUGGAGGUGCUGGGUGGGGACCGCUACCUUCCAGGCAUCCUCUACCACCAGGACAAGGACCCGUCUGAGGCCUACAGUGCCUGGAUGAGCAGCCUCCACGCCAACCCUGACGUGGUCUCCUACGCCAUCUUCCCCCUGCACCAGCUGGUGGAAGACCCCCAGGUCAGCGCCAACCUGCGGACAGCCGUCAGCCAGUACAUCCAGGACAACCAGCUGUCCGGGGACCAAGGAGGGGUGAGGAACUGCUCCCCGACCCCGAAUCUGGAUCACAACUGCUGCCCACUUAGGGCCGGCCGCGGGGUCCUGAGGCUGGAGGUCCGGCGUGCGGCCGGGCUGAGAGCGGACACCUUCACCAAGACGGACGCGUACGUGAAGGUGUGGUACGACGGGUGGUACGAGGAGACGGCCACGGUGCUGGACGACAACGACCCGUGGUGGAACGUGACGUACGGGCUGGGCUCGGUGGAGCUGGGGCACCAGCUGGUGCUGGAGGUGUGGGACAGGGACGUGCUGUACAACGACAUGGCCGGCAGGUGUGUGGUUUUUCCUGAGAGGGGGAUUCACUCGCACAGCUGCCAGCUCAGCAGGGGGGUGCUGCACUUCAGCUACAGCAUCAGGUGUGACCCUCAUCUGACCGGAUACAGGUGCGGACGGUACUCGCCCAGUGCGGAGUAGCGGGGGUCGAAAUCAACGUCCACAGUCGCGCAAACCACGACUGGAGGGACGGUCAUCACUUCUACAUUUGAUUGAUUUAGCAGAAGCUUUUACCCCAAGCGAAGUAGAAAUAAUGCAUGUAGAAAGUACAGCAGAAGAUCCAAGAAUCAGAAGUUCAAAGUUCUAACAGUUUUUUAGUUGUCAUCAAGGAAACGUCUAUAGGCCUGUUUGUAAAGUAACCAGUAUCUCAGCAACCAGGCCGUGUGAAUGUUUACUAUGUGUCGCUGGCUAACUCAGUAACCUGUAUUGUGUUGUAGAUUAAGAGUUUUAUACAGACGAGUGUGGUUUUGUGACCAAAUGUGUCAUUUCUAACAUGAGAGAUUUUGACAUUUUGGGGAUUUUCUUUUUUAAUUCUGCAGGGUUUAUUGUAAAAUAUGAGAUCAAACAAUAACACCUGUUAAGACGUUAUUUUUAUAUGUUUGGUGUUUGUUUUAAAGUGUCACUCUUAUAUGACCCAGCGAGAACUUCACAUGUGAACAAUUCUCAACUAAUAAAAAGUUGAGUUCAC